AUGUGCCUGAGCUUCGUGCCGGAGAAGCCCGUGGCGGAGGUCUGGUUUGACAACCCCGACUCCGACUCCGACUCCGGCCCCGAAUCCGGCCCCGCGGACCAUGCCGUGCCGCCGUGUGAGGAGAGGCGGUUUCGGAUUUUGAAGAGUCUGUCGCAGGCCGUGGCCGCGUUCGCCCCUCUGGCCUUUGACACGAUGGGUUCCGUCACGGGGGACGAGUCUGGCUCUGUUGGGAUUGGUCCCGUCGUAUAUGACUGGCACGAGGACGAACUUCCCGGAAGCGUUGAAGGGGUACCGAGUUUUACAGAACGCAGCCUCGGGGAGACGGCCGGGUGGAGCGGCGACGGCCGGUUCACGAAGGGAGACCACGUCGCCGAGACCGUAUAG